UCAUUGACAUCUGGGCUGGAGAGAAACAUGAAUCUCCAAUCAAACAGGAUUAUCAUGACGUUCCUUCUUCUUACCUCCCUUCUCUACUCUGCCUGUAAAGCCCAGCUAAGUGACAUCUCUCAGUCUCCUUUUCAAGUUGUGAAUUUAGGAGACUCUGUCACUCUCACCUGCCAUGUACCUCGAUUUACAAAAAUGGUAUUUUGGUGUAAGGUGACUGCUGGGAAGGGACUCGAGCUACUGGCCUCUUUGGAGACGUAUUACAGCAUCAAGAAUUUCAGGCAGGAAACUGAUCGACUGUCGGUGAAAUAUAAGGACGGUGGCGUUUCUCUGACGAUCCAUAAAACUGUGAGAGAGGAUGUUGGAACAUACUACUGUGGAGGGACAACACUAGAUGCCGUAAUGUUUGGAAGGGGAACUUUUCUGAUGAUUCAAGGUGUGAAGAUGUUUAGCAACACGGUCGUCCAAAAGCCAAACUCUCUGUCAAUCCAGUCUGGAGAUUCUGUGAAUAUCAGUUGCUGUGUUCGCUCACUUCACUGUGCAGCAAAUCACACUGAUGUCAUGUGGCUGAAGAACUCCGUUCACUCUGCUCCAGAAAUGAUUCACUCCUCUGGAUAUGAAACGGGAAACUGCCAAACAACUGGAAGCGGGGAAACAACCUGUGAAUACGACUAUCUCAUGCAGGACCUGACCUCUGACGAUGCUGGGACCUACUACUGUGUCGCCACUGUGUGUGGAGAACUGCUCUUUGGGAACGGGACCGUGGUCCAAAUUCAAGACAUGAUGGAGGUUCCUGUGAUGUCCCUGUUGCUCAUCACUAUCUUCGGUAUUUUCAUGCUUCUCGUUUCAUGCAUGAUUGCCGCAGGAAUCUACUGUCUUUUCAGAGGGUCACACACAGGAUCACAUUCUUCCCACACCACCAGCACAGAGGAACAACAUACAGCCCACCUCAAAAUGAAGAGACCAAAACGAAAAGACGACACAUGGAGUGAGUGUGUGUACUUCAGUGCAACACAGAAGAAACGUGAAAAUGACCUGAUUGCUCAGUGACGGUCAUCAACACAGUGUCCUGGUUCAGGUGAUCUUCACUGCCUCAUCCAGCAAGAAACUCCUGAUUCUAUUUUGAUCUCUUUAUUAUUUUUGGGUUUGCAGGUAGAAGAUUUUUUUUUUUUAAGUUCAGUUCAGUGCUGAAUUUUUGUUUUUGUUUUCUUCCAAUGCAAUAAA